GUGGAUUCAGUCAGUGUUGGCGGGAGCUGAACGGUCUGGCCGCUUCUUGCUGUCUGGCCUGUGCUGGCGCUGGUGUAGGGGCUUGCAGGCAACCCUCCCCGCCUCCAGCCGUCAGAAUGCGGGUGGCGGUGGCCGGCUGCUGCCACGGCGAGCUGGACAAGAUCUAUGAGACGCUGGCGCUGGCGGAAAGGCGCGGCCCUGGGCCGAUAGAUCUGCUGCUGUGCUGCGGCGACUUCCAGGCGGUGCGCAACGAGGCCGACUUGCGUUGCAUGGCGGUCCCGCCCAAGUACCGCCACAUGCAGACCUUCUAUAGGUAUUACUCUGGAGAGAAAAAGGCCCCAGUUCUCACAAUCUUUAUUGGGGGAAACCAUGAAGCCUCAAAUCAUUUGCAAGAGUUACCCUAUGGUGGCUGGGUGGCGCCAAACAUUUAUUAUUUAGGUUUGGCUGGUGUAGUAAAAUACCGAGGCAUAAGGAUUGGUGGCAUCUCUGGUAUCUUUAAAUCUCAUGACUAUCGAAAAGGUCAUUUUGAGUGCCCCCCUUAUAAUCCAGCUACAAUAAGGAGUAUAUAUCAUGUGAGAAAUAUUGAAGUCUAUAAAUUAAAACAGCUGAAGCAGCCUAUGGACAUAUUCUUAUCUCAUGAUUGGCCAAGAAAGAUCUAUCAUUAUGGAAAUAAGCAGCAGCUUCUGAAGACUAAAUCUUUUUUCCGACAAGAAGUGGAAAAUAACACAUUGGGAAGUCCUGCUGCCUCAGAACUCUUAGAGCACUUCAAGCCUACAUACUGGUUUUCUGCGCACCUUCAUGUGAAGUUUGCAGCCUUAAUGCAGCAUCAGGCCAAGGAUAAAGGACAGGCAGCCAAAGCAACCAAAUUUUUAGCCUUGGACAAAUGCUUACCACAUAGAGACUUUCUUCAGGUGAUAGAAAUAGAACAUGACCCCAGUGCUCCUGAGUACUUAGAGUAUGAUAUUGAAUGGCUCACUGUUCUCAGGGCUACUGAUGAUCUUAUUAAUGUGACUGAGCGUCUAUGGAAUAUGCCUGAGAAUAAUGGCCUGCAUACAAGGUGGGAUUAUAGUGCAACAGAAGAAGCUAUGAACAAAGUAUUGGAAAUACUGAAUCAUGACCUCAAAGUUCCAUGUAACUUCAGCAUAACAGCUGCUUGUUAUGAUCCUAGCAGACCACAAACACAAAUGCAGUUGGUUCAUAGGAUCAAUCCUCAAACUACUGAAUUUUGUGCCCAACUUGGCAUCACUGACAUGAAUGUCAGGCUUCAGAGGGCCAAGGAGGAACAUCACUUAUGUGGUGAAUAUGAACAGCAAGAUGAUGUGGAGAGUAAUGACUCUGGAGAAGAUCGUAGUGAAUAUAACACAGAUACAUCUGCCCUGUCCUCUAUUAAUCCAGAUGAAAUAAUGUUAGAUGAAGAAGAGGAAGAUGAAGAUAGUAUUGUAAGUACGCAUAGUGACAUGAAUACACCAUCUGUAGAACCUUCUUCUGAUCAAGCUUCUGACUUCUCUGCCAGCUUCUCUGAUGUCAGGAUCUUGCCAGGUUCCAUGGUUGUAUCUUCUGAUGAUACGUUGGGUUCCCCAGAUGGCAGAGAGGGGAAACUUGGUGAGGCUCCAGAGUCAGGGGAUGGAAACGAUUUAACUGAGUUGCCAUUGAAGAGGCUGAGUGAUGAACAUGAACCUGAACAAAGAAAGAAAAUUAAGAGGAGGAAUCAAGCCAUCUAUGCUGCAGUGGAUGAUGAUGAUGCAGCAUAAGACAAUUGAGUUGUCUCCGUAUUAUAUGUAGAUAUGUGAUUUUUGAGACUAUAUUUUUAGAGUUGGAUUUUUGACUCAAGAUUUAACUUUGUAAUAAUGAAGUUACUUAAGAGAAUUUUUAGUUAGGUAUUGACUUUGUCUUUAGUCCUUUGUAUAUUUCAGAUGAAAAUAUUAAAAUUUCAUAUAUUUACUUGAUUGAGUUCCUUUUUUUGGAAGAUGGAUAUUAUUCACUUUCAUUUUUUUCAGGAAGCACUUACUGAAUACCUACUUUGUACCAGGCACUCUUCUGUAGGAUGGCUCUAUAAAGAUGAGUAAGACAGGGAUUUUUACCUUCAAGGAGUUACUACCACUAUGAAUAUUUUGGUGUAUAAAAUAAGGCAUAUUUAAUAUUUUGUUUUGGGAAAUCAUUAUUACGUGUGUGAUUUUGUAUGCUUUCUUUUUAUUUGUUAUAAAUAUUUUCUUGGUCUGCUCUUAAUGUCUGUCAAAUAUAAUUGAAAUUGAAGAUGGUAAAUAAGGUUUCAGGAAAUAAAUUCCUUUAAAUACUAAAUAUUGGUAAACAAAAUUUUACACUUAAUUGCUGAGAUUCAUACAGCCUUGUAGACUUUAGCAUAUUUUAGCUUUAGCUUUAAUUUUAAGGUAGUUAUAGUAAGUGUUUCAGGUCAUUUGGGUACAGUUUAGCUUAGUCUUAAUUACUAGUGGGGACUGAGUUGCAUAAAUGCUGCCCUUUUGCUGUUAUGGAUUACUAGUAGUAGACUAUUUUUAAAGAUCUACAUGGAAAAACUAUACUUCUAUCCUGGUUCUGGUUAAAAUGCCUGGGUGACCCUCAGAGAUGGUUGCCCUAUACUUGGGUCAGUAGCCAUGAAUUCAGAUUGUUCUAGGAUGUCAUCAUCCCAUAGUAGUCCACAUCCAGGGGCCAAUCUAGGAGAAUGAUUUAGUAGUUGACGUCUAUUUUGUCAGCAUCUGGCUUGAAGAAGGUUGAGCACUUUAUCCUUAUUGCCAUCUAUUUUGUUUACUUUCUUUUUUGAGUGAAUUUACUUCACUAAUUUAAAUUUUCAUUAUUUACAUGAAGUAUUUAAAAACUAUGGAUUUCCCCUAUUGCUGAUUUAAUAGAAUCUAUUAAUAGAUUUAAUAGAACCCCAUAGUUGUGACACAGAGGUCUCUCCCCCGAAAUUCUUUAAUAAAGAUAAAUAAAAGCACAAAGUAAUUAGAUGUAAAAUAAAUAACAGUUUGUUUAAAAAAAAAAAAGACAAUCCUUUAGCUUGCUCAAUCAAGAAAGCACAAAUGCCAAAAAUAAAUUAAAAAAUAAAUAAAAGGGAGAAAUAGCCAGUAAAACAGUGUAUUCAAACAAACAUAGAAUUACCCUCAUAACUUAGUACAAAUAAAUGUGAUAAAUAAUUAGUAGGAAAAUAGAAUUCACUGAAAUUCAUCCUACUGGAGGUAGAAAGUGGCAAAAAUUUCCACAGAAGGAAUAGAGAAACUUAUCAAAGAAUUAACGCCCACAAAAAAGGGCUGGCCUAAGUGGAUUCAAGAGGAAAGUACCAAAUAAUCACUAAUGUCAGGUAAACUUACAAGAUGUAGAAAAAUGAAGGAAAGUUUAGUUUUCUUUUUAUGAAGCAAGUAAAAUGUUGGUAUCUAAAUCUUGAGUCAAGAAUGCACCAAAAAACCCACAGACCAAUCUCACAUAUGAAUAUUGCUGCAAAAGUCCUAAAUAAAAUACUAGUAAACAGAA